AUGGCUGACGAGGAGGUAGUCUGGAUUGUAUCUAAUGAGCAGCUGCUUGCCUGGGUGCAGAACCCCGCUCCGGUGUCCCCACUUAAUUCCAUGCAGGCCCUCAAGCCUGACUCAGAAUUCCGAAGUACGACGCCGUUAUACGCUGCCAUUUGCACACCCCCGACCGACGACGAGCUGGUCGCCGGUAUCCCGAUCGAGAGCGCGUUGCGCAGAACUAUGCCCGGCCACCGCGUAGAGCGUUGA